CAAAGACACAACAAGACAUGGUCUCUGAGAAUCGCUCCACAUCAGUAGAAGCACAUCGACUCGUACCGAGCAGCACAGGUCCAUUUCCACAGCACUGCACUCACCGCCGUGAGACCACGAUCGAUUCCUCCCCCAAUUGCUGCUAGCUGAGUGAUCAGCAUGGAUCAGGCGCCUGCGAAGGAGACCACGGUCGCAAAGGUCGCCAAGUGCGAAGGGGCGGACUGCGAAAACGAUGCAGGCACGCUGCAGUGUCCGACAUGUCAGAAGCUCGGGAAGAACUCAUAUUUCUGCGGUCAAGAUUGCUUCAAAAGGAAUUGGGCUGAACACAAAAAGCUUCACAAAGCACAGAACAAUGGUCACUUCAACCCGUUUCCCACCUAUCCAUUCACCGGUCCCCUGAGACCCGUCUACCCUCUCUCUCCAAAGCGAACACUACCAGAUAGGAUACCACGACCAGACUAUGCAGGCAAUGGUAUUCCCAAAAGCGAGCAGGUCUUUGUAGGACGCAACAAGAUCAAGAUUCUCACGGAGAAGGAGCAGGAUGCCAUGCGAAAAGUAUGCCGGCUCGCACGCGAAGUGCUUGACAUUGCAGCUCGAGCGGCGAAGCCUGGAGUUACCACGGACGAGAUUGACCGGAUCGUGCAUGAAGCAUGUAUAGAACGUGAUUCAUAUCCCUCACCACUGAAUUACUGCCACUUCCCCAAAUCAGUUUGCACAAGUCCCAACGAAGUCAUCUGCCACGGAAUCCCCGACCACCGACCCCUCAAAGACGGCGACAUUCUCAAUAUUGAUGUUACACUUUACCACAAUGGCUUCCAUGGCGAUCUCAACGAGACCUAUUACAUUGGCGAUUCGGCAGCACAAAACCCGGACAAUGUUCGCGUGACAGAAGCCUCCCGUGACUCCUUGGACGAUGCCAUCAAGCUUGUCAAGCCUGGCGCCUUGUUCCGCGAUUACGGCAACACAAUCGAGAAGGUCGCAAAGGAGCGAAACUGCCAGGUCGUCAAGACUUACUGCGGUCACGGCAUCAAUCAGCUCUUUCACUGUGCACCGAAUGUUCCUCACUACGCCAAGAACAAGGCUAUUGGAGAAGCCAAACCGGGCAUGUGUUUCACCAUUGAGCCCAUGAUCACACUGGGUAGUUACAGAGAUCAGACUUGGCCGGAUGACUGGACCUCUGUCACUCGGGAUGGCAGUAGGACGGCCCAGUUCGAGCACACACUCCUUGUCACUGAGACAGGCGUGGAAAUUCUGACAGCGAGAUUAGAGGACUCGCCUGGUGGAAAGGUGUGCAUGCCGGAAGGGUAUGCCGCCGAUGGAUCGAAGGUCGAGGUCAGUGGCAAUGGAGAGGGUAAGGCAUGAAGACUUCGGAUCGAUACUAGCAGGGCGACGGAAUGUUUUGCGCCUUGGUGUCAAGGGUGAUCGUGCACAUUACAUCGACGGAAUCGAAGCUACAGCUGCAGUGUGUGCUUUGCCGUACACCUCAAAUC